AUGGUUCAAGAGGUCAUCACUCAGGUCGAUUCUGGCCAGCGUUCCAGCAAUGAUCAAAACAGCGCCGAGAAGGGAUACAUUGAGCAAGUUGACCUUCAGAACAAUGUUACCGCUAGGAUCAAGAACCCCUUGGCCGACUUGACCAAGACUCAGGUACUCCGCAACGUGGAAGAGUUUGCUGAGGAGUACAACGUCACAAACAUCCUACCUGAGUUGAAAAAAGGAGCGCUUGUUGCGCGUGACCCUGCCGAGUUCGAGACAGUGGCAGACUUGACUGAGCUAGAGCUCACUGCCCUACGUGACGAAGUGGCUCACAAAUGGCGCCAGCCUAGAUCACUCUACUUCACCAUUGUCCUGUGCUCUAUUGGUGCAGCCGUGCAAGGUUGGGACCAGACUGGCUCCAAUGGUGCUAACCUGUCAUUCCCCGAUGCUUUUGGUAUUUCAGAAGAUCCCCAGAAGAGUGCUCACGCCAAUCGGAACUUGUGGCUCGUUGGUAUCGUCAAUGCUGCUCCAUAUAUCGCUAGUGCUUGUCUUGGAUGCUGGCUCUCCGACCCCUGCAAUCGGAUCCUAGGCCGUCGCGGUACAAUCUUCAUCGCGUCUAUCUUCUGUGUCCUUACUCCCAUUGGCUCUGCGGUGACCCAGAACUGGAUACAGUUGUUUGUGGUCCGUCUCCUCCUGGGUAUUGGAAUGGGUCUGAAGGCCUCGACAAUUCCAAUCUUCUGCGCCGAGAAUACUCCUGCUGUCAUCCGCGGUGGUUUGGUCAUGUCCUGGCAGCUCUGGACCGCCUUUGGUAUUUUCCUCGGAUUUAGUGCCAACCUUGCUGUCAAGGAUACAGGUAAAAUCUCCUGGCGUCUGCAGCUCGGAUCGGCCUUCAUCCCAGCCAUCCCUCUCCUAUUCGGUGUUUACUUCUGCCCAGAGUCGCCUCGCUGGUACAUUCGACGUGGCGAGAUGGACAAGGCCUACCGGUCCCUAUGCCGUCUCCGUAACACACCUUUGCAGGCCGCCCGUGAUCUUUACUACAUCCAUACCCAGAUCAAGAUCGAGAUGGACCUAAUCGGCAAUAGUAACUAUGUUACCCGCUUCGUCGAGCUCUUCACUAUUCCUCGUGUGCGCCGUGCCACUCUUGCUUCGUUUGUUGUCAUGAUCGCUCAGCAGAUGUGCGGUAUUAACAUCGUUGCCUUUUACUCGUCGACUGUCUUCAAGAACGCCGGCGCAAAUGAUACACAGGCUUUGUUUGCUUCCUGGGGAUUCGGCUUGGUUAACUUUGUGUUCGCCUUCCCUGCUAUCUGGACCAUCGAUACAUAUGGCCGUCGGACUCUAUUGUUGUUCACUUUCCCGCAGAUGGCAUGGACUUUGCUUGGCGCUGCUUUCUGUUUCUGGACCCCCGAGGGUACAGGUCAUCUCGCUUCGAUCGCCUUCUUUGUCUUCCUAUUCGCCGCAUUUUACUCGCCUGGUGAAGGACCCGUGCCGUUCACUUAUUCGGCGGAGGUAUUCCCUCUUUCCCAUCGUGAGGUUGGCAUGUCCUGGGCCGUGGCAACCUGCCUAGGUUGGGCUGCCGUGCUCUCAAUCACGUUCCCCAAAAUGUUGAGUGCAAUGACUGCCACUGGGGCAUUCGCCUUCUAUGCUGGUCUGAACGUAACUGCCAUGGUCAUGAUUUUCCUCUGGGUUCCCGAAACCAAGCAGCGCACUCUUGAAGAACUGGAUUAUAUCUUCGCAGUCCCUACUCGGGUCCACAUGAAGUAUCAAGUCACCAAGGCGCUGCCGUAUUGGUUCAGACGCUACAUUUUCCGUCAAAAUGUUGAGCUGGAGCCUCUCUACAAGUUUGACCAUCUUGCGAGUGCUAACGAGGAUGUUAUCUUGUCGCGGAGGCAGAGUGUUUUCUCUGACCACGGAAAGUCGUAA